AUGGGCAAUUGUUGCUGCUGCCGUAGCCGGGCUUUGCCUCCGGCUAAGCAAAAAGGCAUGGAGGCAGAUUUAGUGAGAGUGGUAAAACACCCGCCAUUUAUCGAAAGUCCCUUUCCCCAAGAACCAAGUUCGAUAAUCACCAACCGUCCCGAGAAUUUAUAUAAACCCCCACCGACCAAAGCCAGGCCUAUAAUGGUGGCCAUGUACAAUUACGAAGCCAGGGAUAGCCAAGACGUGUCUUUCAGAAAGGGAGAUAGAAUGGAGGUUAUCGACGAUUCCGAAGGGGAUUGGCUUAAAGUGAUACAUCUUGUUACUAAAGAGAAGGGUUACAUUCCAGGCAAUUAUGUUGCUCCAGAACAGAGUGUUGAAAGUGAAGACUGGUUCUUUGAGAACAUAUCCAGAAAAGAAGCCGAAAAACUUCUUCUUGCUGAAGAAAACCCACGUGGUACUUUUCUAGUCCGUCCUUCUGAACAUAAUCCCAAUGGAUAUUCUCUAUCUGUUAAAGACUGGGAAGAGUACAGGGGAUAUCACAUUAAACAUUACAAAAUAAAGCCCUUGGAUAAUGGUGGAUUCUACAUUUCUACGAACAAAACAUUUGACAAACUUUCUGAUUUAGUUAAUGCAUAUACCAAAAAUGCUUAUGGUUUAUGUCAUGUAUUGUCGAAACCAUGUAAACGACCGCAACCUACAAUGUGGGAUCUAGGUCCCACAUAUCGUGAUAAAUGGGAGAUUCCUAGAGAUGAACUGGUUCUCAUUCAACGACUGGGACGAGGAAACUUUGGAGAGGUAUACUACGGAAAAUGGAAGAACAAUAUUGAAGUGGCUGUGAAAACUUUAAGAGAAGGUACUAUGUCAACUGCCGCUUUCUUAGAAGAAGCGGGCAUUAUGAAGAAAUUUCGACACAAGAGGCUUGUAGCAUUGUAUGGAGUGUGUAGCGAGGAAGAACCGAUUUACAUCGUUCAAGAGUAUAUGAACAAAGGCAGUUUGCUUGAUUUCCUUAGGAAAGAUGAAGGGCGACAUCUGCAGUUUGAAGAUUUGAUUUAUAUUGCUUUCCAAGUAGCUUCUGGAAUGGAAUAUUUAGAAUCUAAACAACUUAUUCAUAGGGACCUUGCCGCAAGAAACGUACUUAUAGGCGAAAACAACAUUGCCAAAAUAUGUGAUUUCGGAUUAGCCAGGGUAAUAGAAGACAAUGAAUAUUGUCCGAAACAGGGUUCUAGCUUCCCAGUGAAAUGGACAGCCCCUGAAGCUAUAAUCUAUAGUAAAUUCUCCAUCAAGUCUGACGUCUGGUCUUAUGGUAUCCUCCUGAUGGAACUAUUCACCUACGGACAAGUUCCUUAUCCCGCCAUGCACGGUAGAGAAGUCAUAGAUCUAGUAGAUAAAGGUUACAGAAUGCCCAAGCCCACAACACAUCACGUUCCAGAUGAAAUCUAUCAAAUAAUGUUGAACUGUUGGGAUGCCAAUCCCGAAAAGAGGCCGACAUUUGAAUUCCUCACCCACUACUUUGAAGGAUUCAACGUUACGUCAGAAGUUCCUUAUAGAGAAGUCCCAGAUUAA